CUUCAUAAUUGAUAAUUAGUGGUAAAUAAACAGUACAAAACACGUUGUAAAUUGUAUUAUGUAGUACUGUAAUAGUACCUACCUAAUAAAUUUAAAACUAUUAAUAGAGUAUUUGUACCUACUUGUUGACAAAAAUAAAAUAAAUCAUAGUGUCAAAAUUAAAAAUUAUUUACACAUAAAAUGUUUAAAGUACCACCAUGGGAAGACAGUCAGGGAGUCUCUGUGAAUAAUUUAAGUAUGAAAAAAAAUCAUGUUAAGAAAAGUAAGAAAAAGAAAUCAGUUUCUACUGGACACAUAAAAAAUAACAAUGAAGAUCAAUCCUUACUUUUAGGUAAAAUUCAGGAAGAGAAACCAAGUCCAGUUCCUGCUAAAAAACCACAAAUCAUAACUACAAAAAGUAGAACAAUCCAAAAUAAACAUAAAAGAAAAUUGGACACUGGAAAUACUAUAAUUAACAAUAAUAAUAGUGCAAAAACUAGAGAAAUAGAUUUUGAUCGGCAUGAUGAAGUUAUACUAAAUACUAGAAAGAGUAAAAUUAUUAAAUUUAAUCAUGACGAAGUAAAGGAUAUUGAAGAGACAUUUAAUAAGACUUCUGUGAAAGAUGAACAAAAGAAACGAAAACUUGAAAGGAUGCUCAAAGGGGUUGGCCACAGAAGUGAAAUCAAAGUUGCUGGAAACAGUUUGAGAGAAAGAAUGCUUCUGAGACUUAGAGGUGCACAAUUUAGGUACUUAAAUGAGAAACUUUAUACAUCAUCGGGAUAUGAUGCUCAGAAGCUAUUCAAGGAAGACCCCAAUGCAUUUCAGACAUAUCAUGAGGGAUAUCAGCAACAAGUGAAAAAGUGGCCUGUUAACCCACUGGAUGUUAUAGUAAAGAGGAUAUUACAAAUGCCAAAAUCUGUGAUUAUAGCUGAUAUGGGUUGCGGUAAGGCAUCCCUAUCACAACAGGUGCCAAACAAAGUUCGCUCCUUUGAUCUUGUUGCAGCCAACACUAGUGUGGAAGUAUGUGACAUAGCACAUACACCAUUGCUCAGUUGUUCUGUUGAUGUUGCUGUGUAUUGCUUAGCUCUCAUGGGCACUGAUUUAACACAGUAUCUUUUAGAGGCCAACAGAGUGCUUAAAGUAGGAGGGCAUUUGCUAAUAGCAGAAGUUGAGAGUCGUUUUGGUGAUGUGGAAGAGUUCACCAAGGAUCUGCAGCGGUUUGGUUUCAGUCUGAAGAAGGUUGACAAGAGCAACAAAGUGUUCUACUUCAUAGAGUUCAUAAAGUCAAGGGAAGCACCCAAAAAGUCCAAACUGCCAAUCAUAAACUUGAAGCCAUGUCUUUACAAAAAACGGUAGAAUUGGACCAGUUAAUAAAUUAUUCGAUCAUGAAA